UCAACUAAAUGAUGAGGUUAAUAGGUAAGAAUUUGUGCUGACCAAAAUAUUGCUAAGGCACAAUAAUUAAUCUGCCAUGCAUUGAACUAAUUUACAAAAUUUGAGAGAGAUCAAGUUGGUAAUAUUUCAAAUUGCAUGUAACUAAAACUUGGUAAAUUAUCUAUUCAUUCAAAACAUUUAUUAUCUUACUCAACGUAACAAUGUAGAGUGAUUCCCCCUAUAUAAAAAGGAGAAUCAGAGCUCUCUCAUCAUCACUUACAAUCUAAAUAAUUUGUAAACAAGUGAAAAAAAAAAUACAAAUUAACAAUAUGAGAAAAAUGACUCUCAAGCUUGUCUUCUUGGUCCCCCUCAUUGCAUUUUGUUUUGCUUCAAGUGAUGCGAGGGAGAUGCCGAAGGAGGAAGGGGAUUGCAUCGGCAAAUGUCCACCAACACCACCACCAAUGGAUGAUGCAAGAGAGAUGCCGAAGGAGGAAGAGGAUUGCGUCGGCAAAUGUCCACCAACACCACCACCAAUGGAUGAUGCAAGAGAGAUGCCGAAGGAGGAAGGGGAUUGCAUCGGCAAAUGUCCACCAACACCACCACCAAUGGAUGAUGCAAGAGAGGUAUCUAAGGUGGCAGUGGUGCGCCCGGAUCCUUCUUAUAGGCUGCCGCCACUACCACCAAUGGAUGAUGCGAGAGAGAUGUCCGAGGAGGCAGUGGUACUGACUCCACCUUGUUAUGCAAGACCGCCACCACCACCAAUGGAUGAUGCGAGAGAGAUGACAAUGAAGUCGCCGCCUUGUUAUGUGUCGCCCCCACCACCAAUGAUGUAGAAGAGAUGACAAAAGUAGACUGAUUCGUCAAAUGUCAUGAAUGGCAAAUAUUGUGACAGACUUGAAAUUUUUUUAAUAUGAUAUGAUAUGAAAUAAUGGUUUUUUAAGUUAA